AUGAGAAGGCUUCAGGAUAACUGGUCAAUACUGAUAAAAGUUAUUACUAUAUUCAUCACAAGAUGUGGAAGAAGCUUAUGGAGUAGCUACAUGCUGAACAAAUACUACAAGAAAUGGCAUCCUACUAUGGCAGUAGAUAGAGGAGGGUCUCACACCUGGAAGAAGAUGGUGAUCAUAAGAGAUGCAGUUGAGCCACAUAUAUUUUGGUAUUUGAGAAAUGGAACUUCAAGCUUCUGGUAUGAGAAUUGGACAAGGCUUGGGGCACUAUAUUAUAUCACUCCUGAUGUUGCUAGAGAAGAAGAGAUAGAGCAUAUCAAGGAUAAUAUCAAAGUUCCAGAUGGAGAAGAAGAUGAUGAACCAUGUCGGAUGUUGGAAACAAACGGCAAAUUCUCAGUUAAAUCUGCAUGGGAAUUUCUAAGGCAUAGAGAGAGCAAACAAACCAACUAUGGGUUCAUGUGGGAGAAAGAGUUGCCAAUAAAGAUAAGCUUUUUCAUGUGGAGGGUGUGGAAAGGGAUAAUCACUACAGAUGAUAUAUUGAAAAGGAUGAUGAUCAAUAUACCAUCAAGAUGUCUUACACUUACAUUCGAUUAUGUUGAAAAUGUUGUUGUACGGGACAUACAAUCAAACAAUAGCAAGAGUUUCCAUUUCAACGUCUUUAUGUGCAAUAAUGUGAGAUUUAGUCAUGUUAACAUAAAGGCACCAGACGACAGUCCUAACACCGACAGAAUUCACAUUGGCUUCUCCACCAACAUCCAAGUCUUGGAUUCCAACAUUGGCACCGGAGACGAUUGUAUAUCUAUGAUUGCUGGCAGCAAAAGCAUCAACAUUUCAGGGGUCACUUGUGGCCUUGGCCAUGGAAUAAGCAUCGGAAGCUUAGGGAAUAUCACGGCCAAUGAUGUUGUCGAGUACAUACACGUCAAAAGUUGCACUCGUACUCAAAAUGGGGCGAGAAUUAAGACUUGGGCACCGUCAAAUGUCGGUAGCACUACAACUAUAACUUUUGAGGAUAUUAUCAUGAAAAAAGUUGGGAAUCCUAUACUUAUUGAUCAAUAUUAUUGUCCGACGCCUCCUUGCAGUGGUCAGGUACUUGAAAGCUCAGUGCAAAUCAAGGACGUGACAUUCAAUAACAUAAGGGGAACUUCGAGUUCAGUGAUAGCAGUUACUUUGAAGUGCAAUGCUUCUUUUCCUUGCCAGGGAAUCAAGGUUAAUCAACUUGACCUAUCAUGGCCCUGGUGGACCCGCGAUCUCAUCGUGUGCUAA